ACAUCCUCACACUGAGACAAACAGAAAAGGGAAAGAAAAGAAAGAGGGAAGACGGAACACGUGGCUUGUACGGGGUGCAUUGAAGCACAAGCCAUCAAGACUAAAAAUGACAGAACAGCAGGGAACCCCAGACCAGCUGCCUGCAGAGAAGGGCCAAGGAGGGGCUGGAGCCACAUAUAAGCUGGCAGUUUUUGAAUUUGAGAACUUUCGUGGACAAAAGGUGGAGCUGUCUGGUGAAUGUAAAGAUGUGUUGGAGAAGACACAAAGAGUUGGCUCAGUCAUUGUGGAGUCGGGACCAUGGGUAGGGUUUGAGCGCCCAGGUUUUGCUGGAGAGCUGUUUGUGCUUGAGAAAGGAGAGUAUCCUCGCUGGAGCACCUGGACCAAUGGCCAGAGUAGCUACAGCCUGAGCUCCUUUAGACCUCUGAAAGUGGACAGUGCAGAUCACAAGUUGCAUCUGUUUGAAAAUGCUGGCUUUGAAGGCAGAAAAAUGGAAAUUGUUGAUGAUGAUGUUCCCAGUCUGUGGGCUUAUGGUUUCCAGGACCGCGUGGCCAGUGCUAAGGCUGUCAAUGGAACGUGGGUGGGCUACAUGUAUCCAGGCUACAGAGGGCGCCAGUAUGUGUUUGAGCAAGGAGACUUCAAGCACUGGAAUGAUUGGGGAGCCACUGCACCUCAGAUCCAGUCCGUCCGACGUGUGCGGGACAUGCAGUGGCAUAAGAGAGGGUGCUAUAUUGCCCCUGCACCUGCCCCCGCCCCAGCCCCAGCCCCAGUUCCUGGUCCAGCCCCAGCCCCUGGCCCUACACCACCCAAUCCCAAUCCCAAUCCCAACCCUAAUCCUAACCCUACUCCCAACCCCAAAUCCCAAACUCAGCCCCAACCUUAACACUACACCUCUGGCACCUCCUGCAGAAACUGGUGAAUGCUGAAGGCAGCUGGCCAGUCCCCAGUCUCACCUUAAUGCUCCCUACUGGAUUAGGCUAGAUGACCAAGCUGUUUUGGAAAAUGAACCAUGAAUCUCUGUUGGAAAUAAAGGUUUUGGCCCUGAAUCAAAUUA